UGUUAGCUUGCUUUCAACAAUUUUCUUCUCUUUUCUUCUUCUCUCUUGAACGAUGAGUGAAAGAAACAUAUUUCCUUUUACUCUAUCUCAGUGGCAAGAGCUUGAACACCAAGCUCUAAUCUUCAACUACAUGGUCUCAGGCAUACCCAUACCCCCUGAUCUCCUCUUCACCGUCAAGAGAAGCUGCUUGGACUCCUCACUUUCAUCCAGGCUUUUCUCUCGCCAGCCUCAACACAUUGGAUGGAAUUGUUUCCGGAUGGGAUUGGGGAGGAAAGUGGAUCCAGAGCCCAGAAGGUGUAGGAGAACAGAUGGAAAGAAAUGGAGAUGCUCGAAAGAAGCCUACCCGGAUUCAAAGUACUGUGAAAGACACAUGCAUAGAGGCAAAAACCGUUCAAGAAAGCCUGUGGAAAUUACAACUACAACAGCAAACCCUUCAACAGCAACCCCACCAAACAUCUCAUCAAUCACCAAGUCUCACGCCUAUUCUUUUUCUUCUCUUUCAUCCACGUCCUUAUCCUCCUCCGAGUCGCAACAGCACCACCAUCAACUUCGUUACCAUGGCUAUCAUUCCCAGCUCGAUCAUCCCUUUAUGUAUCCCUAUGCAUCAAGACCUCCUGGGAUUGGCCUGUCACCUCAAGAAAACACCACCCACUCUCUCAUGGAUUCUAGCUCUUUCUCCCAGACAAACGCAGAUUACAGAAGAAACAGUUAUGUUUAUGGGCUGAAAGAAGAGGUGGAUGAGCAUGCUUUUUUCUCUGAGCCUUCUGGGACAAUGAGGAGCUUCUCAGGUUCAUCUGUGGAUGACUCAUGGCAACGUACACCAUUAACAAUGAGCUCCUCUUCUUCGAAGCAGAGGAGCUGCUCUGGUUUACAGAGUGACUACUCUUGUUUGCAGCUUCAAAGCUUCACUGAUCACACAUCAAAACAAAACAAGCAGGAUGAUGAGCAUUGCUACGUUUUGGGAAGUGAUAUCAAAUGUGAAAUGCCUAUUAAAUUGGAGAAAGGAGAACCCCAAAAGAUAGUCCAUCGUUUCUUUGAUGAAUGGCCACCAAAACAGAGAGACUCAUGGCUUGAUUUGGAUGACAAAUCAUCGAACAGCUCAUCAGUUUCAACAACCAGGCUCUCAAUAUCCACCCCUUCCACUUUACAUGACUUUCCCAUUUUCAGUUCAAGAGCUCAUAAUGGUAUUUUAAAAAAAGAGUUGAAUCUAAUCGUGAUUCUUUUGCUCCUAGCCACUCGUUUAUCUAACUUUAAGACAUUUAACUCGUUUCUCUUUCGGUCUGAAAACAUAAAUUUUGUUUUGCAGAUGGCUGAGUAUGCAGUGGUGGAUGUCUGCAUUAGAGGCCAAGAAUGUACAUAGUGGGAUCACUUCUUUCCAUGAAUUCUUACUGUUUAGUCUUUCUUUCGUUUUGUUUUGUUUUGUUUUUUUUUUUUUUUUUGCAAAAUUUGGUGAUGUUGGGUUGUGCGUUUUUAAUGAAGGAUCCAAUGACUUCUAUCUUACUGGUUUCUGUCCUUUUCCUAGUGCAAAUUUAUAGUUCAUAAAUACA